UUACUUCCGCAUUCACAAGGCAGUAAAAAAGCUAUGAACAGGUGUGAACUUGCAGUUGGAUAAGUUGUCCAGGUAGCCAUGGCCAGAGUUCCCAUCUGACCCGGUGUGAGCACUAAGUCAUCAUGGCUGGGAGACUACAGGACAGGCAAACAGGAGAGCGCGUGUUCAUUAUCCAUGCGGGCGAAGACAAGGCCCAGUUUGUGGAACCACUUGUCCAUGCUCUUCAAGACGAAGGCCUGUCCCAACAAGACGUCUUCUACGACGGGUGGUCCAUUGAAAUAGGUGAAAGCAUCCACGACAGGAUCAUGUCCACCUUGGCCAGUGAGAGUCUGGAACUCGUGGUGACGGUGUUGAGUCAAAACACGCUGAACCACAGCUGGCCCAAACUGGAGCUGGAGACGGCCCUCAGGCACAACAAGCAGCUCUUCCCCGUCUGGCUAGACGACAACCAGGACGACUUCCAGGAGUUUAACGGAAUGGUCGGGAAAUACUGCCCAACGUUAAAGUCCAUCCGAGGGUACAAGGUGCCAUGGAGCAGAGCCAGGGAAGAGGUGGGGAAAGUCGCCAGGGAGAUCGUGUCAAAACUAAAGAAAAGGGACGAACCAGAUACAGAUGAUGUCCCUAUUGAGAUCCUAUUGAGAGGACCGAAGAUGGUAAAGUCAUAUAAAGACGCUUGUCACCAGGGAAAGGUCCGUGUUUACAGUACACGGGCAGAUGUGGUGGGCCAGUUCAGGUCGGGGAAAACCUGUUUCAUCAACAGGCUGAUUGGACAACCCGUCAAGAAGGACGAACCAAUCACGGACGGGAUACAGAUUACGUCAGAUGUACAAACCAAGACAUGGAAGAAGCCAAAAGAAGAGCCUGACGAGUUUGGUGCUGGUAUGGCAGGACUGUUGAUGCAGACAAAGCCAGAUGCUGAAACGUCAGCAGCUGCAGAGGUGGGACUGAAGAAAGCACCAGUGAUAAUGACUGAAGAACAGUUACAUGUAAAGCUGGAACGACCGGCCUUGCAAGCUGUAACUGGGAAAACCAGCGCGGACUCGGAAGAACCCGAUGAGAAACCCGAAACUUCGGCGAGCUCUGUCAUUCCAGACAAUGUUGCAAAAAGAAUGAGAAAGACAGAUUUCACAGAGGACGAACUCGGAACUGCUGAACAUCCACGUGUGUCUCUCUGGGAUUUCGGCGGCCAGGCGACCUACUAUGGGACCCACCACUGCUUCAUCACCCACAGGGGAAUCUACAUCCUCGUAAUGUCUCUACUGCAGAAACUCUCGGAAGAUGUACCUGAUCUGGACUACAAGGCGUCAGUGGACAACCUGAGAACUGGAGGCGACUACCUGGACCACUGGCUCAAUUCAAUACGAUCUCACACUCUACAACAUAGCACAAAACAACCUCCAGUCACAGGACAGCCUCUAGACACAGGACAGCCUCUAGUCACAGGACAGCCUCUAGUCACAGGACAGCCUCCAGUCACAGGACAGCCUUCAGUAACAGGACAGCCUCUAGACACAGGACAGCCUCUAGACACAGGACAGCCUCCAGUCACAGGACAGCCUCCAGUCACAGGACAGCCUCCAGUCACAGGACAGCCUCCAGUCACAGGACAGCCUCCAGUUAGAGGACAGCCUCCAGUAACAGGAAAGCCUCCAGUCACAGGACAGCCUCCAGUCACAGGACAGCCUCCAGUCACAGGACAGCCUCCAGUCACAGGACAGCCUCCAGUCACAGGACAGCCUCCAGUCACAGGACAGCCUCCAGUCACAGGACAGCCUCCAGUCACAGGAAAGCCUCCAGUCACAGGACAGCCUCCAGUCACAGGACAGCCUCUAGACACAGGACAGCCUCCAGUCACAGGACAGCCUACAGUCACAGGACAGCCUCCAGACACAGGAAAGCCUCCAGUCACAGGAAAGCCUCCAGUCACAGGAAAGCCUCCAGUCACAGGGCAGCCUACAGUCACAGGACAGCCUACAGUCACAGGACAGCCUCCAGACACAGGGCAACCUCCAGUCAUAGGGCAACCUCCAGUCAUAGGGCAGCCUCCAGUCAUCAUAGUCCUUACACACAAAGACAAGGUUACUGACAAGGAAGACGUUGAGACGUAUAUGCAGGAGAUUCUCAGCCAUAUCACCGGAAAGGCUGCAGGAAAACUCGUUAUGCAAGACCAGAUAUUUGUAGUAGAUAAUACUGCCGAGGGCAACGAAUUUGACGAGCUUCGUAACUUCGUCCGCCAAGUUGCAAAAGGUCUGCCCCACAUGGGUGAAGAAAUCCCCAUCUCAUGGCUACAUCUCAACUCCAAGCUGAGGAAAAUGAGGAAAGAGGAGGGUCCGUUUUGCAAGUUCCAAGAAGUAGCGGAACUGGCCCGAGAUCCUGACAUCAACAUCACCGACGAGCGCACCCUCGCCUUGGUUCUCACAUUCCUCCAUGAUCGCGGUGACAUCAUCUUCUUUGACGAGCCCAGUCUCCGUGAUGACGUCACCCUGCAGCCACAGGUGAUGAUUGACGUCUUUAAGAGUAUCAUCACAGUUCUUGAGUACCAACAGGACCGGAAGAAGGACCAGGAAAUGAAGAAGAUGUGGGAGAGACUGGAACAAGAAGGAGUUCUCAGUGACAAGCUGCUGACAGAGAUAUGGAGAAGGAAGGAUCUGGAUCUGGAAAAGGAAAAAGGAGCAUUUCUGCUCCGACACAAAACCUUCCUGAAGGCGCUUAUGGAGAAGUACUAUCUCCUUUGCAACGCCACCCAUCUCAGUGACACCACUGACGAGCCCCAACACGAAGAGAUAUAUUUCGUGCCCGCGCUCCUCAAAUGCGAGAGGGACGACAACGAACUAUAUCCCAACAACAUGUAUCUUUGUCUACAGGCACUGUACAUCGUAUUCAGUGAGAAGUUUCUGCCCGGUGGCAUGUUCAGCCGACUCCAAGCCUUGUGUGUGCGUAGGCUCGGACUGAAGAGGUCUCGCGUCUACGCAGGUUGUGCUCGUUUUCCCACGGACGAUGACGGACAGGCCUUCGUCGUCACCAAGGUGAACCACUUCUUAAAGGUAGAGCUUCUGUCGUCUUCUAACGUCUUCACAGAAGGCCUGCGAGUCAGGAAGUUCCUGAGUAGCGCCCUGUUUGAGAUCAAAGAGAAGUGGAUCCCCUGUAUCCAAUACGACCUGUGCUACUCCCAGAAUGAGGAGACAAGAGACAACCCUGUAUUUCGGGCAUUGUCAUCCGAGGAUGGGUCACUGAAACAGUUUUGGAGAAUACCAUCCGCAUUUCGUCAAGUUUGGAUAGAUGCUGGACCCCGUUCCAACCGCACAGCAAACGAGGGAGGAGACGGCCCGGUAAUCCUUUGGCCGACUGAAGACGUUGAAAAGUUUAAAGCUAUCGGUGGGAUGUGCACAAUCGGCCGUGUGUUGGACUGCAUAGACCUAGCUGGAGGACUGACACAGGGCCAAUGUGACCACAUCAGGAACAUGUUGACACCUCUCCAGCGGUUCUUGUACAUGACGACGCUAGUAGAAAAUCAGCUUCUCCUCGGAUCCGCGGUGGAAACGUGCUUGCCAGAACUUGUUGAUCUUUUCUGCAGAGAGGAACGAGGACAAGAAGUUGUCAUCCUUCACACAGAUGACUACACUGCCGAGUUCGUCCUGCCUCUCCAGACAGUCGCUAGGGAGUCAGGACUGCCUUGCCACACGGAGGUCAUCACGGGAACUGACUCCAUCACAGAGAAAACAGUGGAACUUUUGCUUAACACAAGGAUCAGGAUGGUCCUGCUAGUCAUCAGUCCCCAGGUGGUACAUGACAGACACUGGCCAAACCUUGCCUACGAGUUCCCAGUUCGGAACGAGAAGCUACUGCUGCCGAUCCUGCUGUACCCAAAAGGCUCCCGAGACCAGAUGGUCCGAGUGCUUCAGCAACGGUCUCCUGUGCUCUGCAGCUUAACACCAGUGGAGAUAGAGAUGGAAGGAAGGAUGGUGUCAGAAGUGAGGCUGCAGGAAAUCGUGCACAAGGUCAUGACCGACGAAGAAAGAGAUUUCUAUCAGACAUUGGACAGGAUUUUCAGUCGGCUGGACGAAAGAGAUGUACAGGUACUUCUACGGGUGUGGUCUGCCCGUACCGGUAAUCAGGAAAGUCCGGGGAUGGAGAGGCCAGCAGACUUGAUGAAGGCCAUGGUGAGAACUGGCUACAUCCCAACUGGUGACCUUGGAAUGCUGGAAAAGGACAUGAUGGCGGCUGGGAUCAGCCUUCCUGUUAUUGUGCGAGACAUACCAGGUGUACCUGAGGAGUUGAAGUACACACGAACAACAGAAGCUACAGUAGGACCCAUGGGUGGAGAAGUGGAGAUUCCUGGUUUUGUCAAACUUGUUGUACCACCAGGAGUCCUUCAGCAAGACACAAGGAUAACCAUGUCGACUGUAGAUGUUGCUGCUAUCCUCAGGGAUCCCGAGAGCGUAAACUGGAUCUCCGGCUACCCCUGGUCCCUGGGUGAGGAUGCCUGUUCACGUGAGCUACUGGAACAGGUACUGUUCUCCCCAGCUGUUGACGUCAACCUACACGGUGCACAGCUGAGUGGGCCGGUCGAGGUGCAGACGUGGCGACCACCAUGUUCAGAAGGUAUGGGAUGUGUUCUGCUGAGGCAUCAUGAUGGAGAAGGCUGGGCAGAUGUCACAGCCUCAACAAGUCACCAUAUUGACUCUGACACACUGUCAAUGUCAUUGCAGACCUUCAGUAUCAUCAGUAUCUUCAGUAUCGAAGUUGAUCUAAUGGCUCCUGUGAGAGCCAUACAAACUGUAGGAAAGACAUUACGCGAUGCCUUUUCGUACAGAACUUUAGAUUGUUCGUUUACAGCGUACAUCAGCCCAGGUGUAGAUGAAAUGGAAUUCCACCUCGUCUGCAGAGAUCGGUUCGUUGAAACAAGUCAGUACCGUCAAGGGUUUACGCAGUGUGGAUCCAACCAUGCAACGUACCCUCUCUAUAAUGGUGAUUUAGUCAAAGUGAAUGUAAGUCUCCGUGGAUACGAACAGUCAACUGAGGAGCCCCUACGCGCCACACUGUGCAGGCAAAGCGGCCAGGAGAUACAAAUGAGUCUGAGGAGACCUGAUACUAGACACCGUACCAUAGGCGAAGUGGAUGUCAUGAAGUUACAACAUCCACAGUGGCUGAGUGUGUGCAAACUCACUUUCUGGGUCCAGGCAGGGUUAGGCGACAUUUUCACAAGAGAAGAUAUCACCACACCACCAGCAACGCUCCGCUCUACAAAAAGAAUGAGCAGCAGCCCCCCGCCUGCUACAGUGCCAGGAAAGAAGAGGAGGCGAUCAGAAAGUCAGCAGAUGGAUGAUGGAGCAGGGCCCAGUGGGGCUGGAGAGAACACACGACCUACAGGUGACAUGCAGAAAUGUUUUGUCAAAGUCAUCACCAAAGUCAGUAACAAGUGGGACGACCUGGCACGGAAGCUGGGAUUCAACGAGAACGAAAUAGACGGAAUCCACGACUCAAAGAAAGACCAGGACCACCGGUGCAGGGAAAUGCUGAACAGAUGGAGAAACAGGGAGGGAAGGGAGGCUACUCUACAGGUUCUGAACCAGGCACUCAUCGACAUCGGUGAAAGGCUGACUGCAGAGAGUUUGUGAGUACCUGAUGGUGGGAGCCCUGACCCUUCCAAUGCCGGCAAUGGACUGUAACUGUGUCUUAUUUUUGGUUAUAUAACAGUAUAUGCUACAAGUGCCUUACGAUUAUACAAUGUAUCAAAGUAUCAAAUCCUUUGUAGUUUUUAAUAGCGAGUUUAGACGCGUUAUACCUAGAUAAGUUGAAACUAGUGUACUAGUGUAUUUAUUUAAUUAUGUAAAUGGCUAUGAUGUAAUUAUGUAAAUGCAAUUAUGUAAUUAUGAAAAUGCAAUUACUAGUAGGCUACAUUUUGUUCUAGGGCUAGUAAACAACAAUUCAUACAUGUAAGUAAUACAUUGGAUGGAGAAAAAGUAACUUAUCUUCUAUAAAUUCUGUAUAACAUGUUAUACAGUAAAUGAAUUAGAGCCAUUCAUGUCGAUUACAGAUGUAUAUAUAUCAGAUAACUUUGCUAUAAACAUAGUGAAUGUUGUUGUAUAUAUUCUGAAAGAGAAGUAAGCAAAUUCGUAUUUUGUUUUUGAUAAUGUGGAAU